UGAACUUGUAGAAGCAUUGCUCCUAAUUCAUAACAGAAGAAACGAUGCAGAAACAGACAAUAAUUUCCCCUAGAGAGUCACAGCAUAGAAAUGCAGUUAGACCGAAACCCGAGCUCAGGCUUGGAAUUUCAGAUUCACUUUUGUAGCGUCAGCUGCCAGGAAACUGGAAAAGAAACCAGGACCUGCUGUUAUACACAGGCUUGUAGCACCUAGCAGAGGCAGAAGAAGAUCAUUUUUGAAGAGAGCAGCUGCCUGGACUGAGCAGUUGAGAAUUACACAGCAUCAUGAGCAUAAUCACUAAGGAAUCCUUGGAGAGCAUCCUACAGCAACUAAAAUGCCAUUUCACCUGGAACCUGAUAGAGGGAGAAGAGUCCUUGGAUGAGUUUGAGAACAGAGUGUUUAACAAGGAUGAGUUUCAGAACAAUGAAUUUAAAGCCACAAUGUGUAACAUACUGGCCUAUAUAAAGCACUGCAGAGGCCAAAAUGAGGCAGCCUUGGAAUGUUUAGAUGAAGCUGUAAGGUUCAUAAAGCAACAGCACCCUGACCAAGCAGAAAUCCGAAGUCUGGUCACCUGGGGAAACUAUGCCUGGGUCCACUAUCACAUGAACCAACUGUCCAAAGCCCAGGACUAUGUUGAGAAGGUGAGAAAAGUCUGCGAGAAGUUUUCUGCUCCCUACAGGAUUGAGAGCCCUGAGCUUGACUGUGAGGAAGGGUGGGCACGAUUGAAGUGCACCAGAAACCAAAACCAAAGAGUGAAGGUAUGUUUUGAGAAGGCUCUGGAGAAGGAUCCAAAGAACCCAGAAUUCACCUCUGGAUGGGCCAUCACAAACUACCGCCUGGACUGCUGGCCAGCAUUGCAGGACCCCAUUGGGCCUUUGAGGGAAGCCAUCAGACUGGAUCCUGACAACCAGUAUGUUAAAGUCCUGUUGGCUCUGAAGCUUCAGAAGAUGCAUGAAGUUGAUGAAGGGAGGGAGCUCAUCCAAGCAGCCCUAAGGAAUACUUCAGCUGAGACAGAUGUACUACGCUGCGCAGCCAAGUUUUAUCAGAAGACGGGCGCCCUGGACAGAGCCAUAGAGGUGCUUGGACAGGCUUUAGAAUGCCUGCCAAACAAUGCCUAUGUGCAUUACCAUAUUGGAUGCUGUUACAGGUCACAACUCCUUCAAAUGCGGGACAUAAAGGAACGUGAAAUGAAGGAAAGAAGAAAGAAGUUAACAGAGCUAGCUGUGAGUCACUUAAAGGAAGCUAAGGAGAUCAACGGGUCACUCAACAGUGUCUGUAGCUAUCUUGCUGGUCUUUAUGCAGUAGCAGAGCUACAUGAAGAAGCUGACUAUUACUACCAGAAGGAAUUCCAGAAUGAGCUUGCUCCUGCAGCUCGACAGCUGCUCCACCUACGGUACGGCAAUUUUCAGUUCUUUCAAAGGAAGUGCGAAGACAAGGCCAUCCACCAUUUCAUGGAGGGUGUGAAAAUCAAGCUGGAAUCAAAGGAAAAAGAAAAGAUGAAAAACAAACUUCAAAAACUUGCCCAAAGGCGACUUUCUGAAAACGAAACUGAUUCGAAGGCUCUGCACAUUCUGAUGUUUCUUGAGGCGCUCAAUGGAGAAAGGCAGCAGGCUGAGGAUGCUGAGAGGGACAUGGACUCUGCAAGCCUUGUCCCUUCGGUGUCUUUAGAAGAGGCAGGGAACGAAGAGUAGGGACAUAUUGUCCGUAGGGCUACUACCAGAAGGGAGCUGAAAACCCUCCAUCAAGUUGCUGGUCAAAAUAUUUAACAACUGUAUGGAAUAAGUGUGUACUGACAUUCCAGCACGGGACUUGUCAGGCUUCUGGAAGCCUGCUGGACCAGAUGUCAGUACCUGAAUCGCUGGAUCUGGAGGUGGUCUGGGAGAGGGGACCAGCUGAGACGCAGAUCCAAGGGCUUAGUAAAUAGGCUAGUUCCUUUUUACUUCUUGGAUGCAGUUUCCAUGGAAACAAUUCUUUAGUUACCCUCAGUGAAGGCAUGUCUUAGAUUUGUUUCCUGUGUUUAUGUAAAGAUGACUCACAUUCCAUCCUUGAGUUAUUUUAGAUUUUUUUGCAUAGAUAACUGUACAUUGACCAUCAAAAAGCUGAGGAGGCAGGUGUAGCGGCUCAGGCCUGUAAUUCUAGCACUUGGUAAGCUGAGGCAGGAGGAAUGCCUGGAGCUUGAGACCAGCCUGGUCCACAGAAUGAGACCCUGUCUCAAAAUAACAAAAAUAACAACAACAACAAAAACUGAGGGACUGAAUCUCUCCCCUUUCCUUCUCUUCAUUGCCUUUUCCCUCCCAAUUACCAGCCAAUCCCAAGUCUGCAGCAUCCUAUACAACACGAGUUCAGUUUUCCUGUUAACUGAGAUAGCUACAUAAUUUGAAAAAAAUGAGAACAGAAAGGGGCAUAUCUGAGCAAACCACUGGAGUUUGCAGCCACAAUGCUAGACUUUCAGGAGCACAUGAGGACUUCACCUCCACUCUGCUCUCCCUGUCACUGUAGGACAGCCGGAAAAGAAUUCUAUACAUUAUAGUGAAAACAAAAAUAGUUAUUUCAGGCUCACAUGGAAAACCCAGUGAGAGAAAGAGAACGCUGAUUUAUCCUUGUAGAUUAUACUCACAGAAAGGAAUUUUCUUUUUUAAGCCACUUUAAGAAAAUUUCUCUAUCAAAGAAAUACUUGCUUUCUUCACAAAUGCCUUAACAAAUCCAGGUUUCAGGUGCUAGGAAGGUAAUUGAAUGAGAGAAUAGCUUGGUGAUACAGGGCCUUCUGGGAGGUCUUAGUGGCACUGGUACUGGGGGGUGAGUCUCUCCCUCCAUUAGAAACGUUGCAUUGUAAGAGUUAUAAACACUUCUUUCAACUCUGAAAAAAGAGUCUUCAAGAACAUCAUAAAAUUGAUGGUUGGGAUUUUCUUAGUAGAUCUUGAAUGACCUAGACAUUAAGGUUGUUAUGAACCAACAUAGAGCCACCUGGCCCACCAUGAGACUGCCAGCCUCCCUCUGCAUUGGAAAAUGUUUGUCUGCCAGUAUUAGCUUGUAUUUAAGUGUAUAUGAGUAUUUUAUUCAGCAAUUAAAAUAUAUAAAAUGCAAAGAUUGUUAAACUUGGACAUUCUAACUGCUAUAACAAUGUUUCAUUCUAUUUUCUAUAUUAAAAAGAGUAUUGUAUGCAUUAACUCCAUCCAUAUGCACAGUUUGAAGUACUGGCAAAAAGUCACACAUUUUGUUAAUAAAUAGUAUAUGCUA